UUUAUAAGCACGUUGACGUUACGAAAGGCAGGAUAUAUAAUACAUCGAGAUGUAAUAUUAUUGUAGAAUCUUAUUAAUUGAUAGCUACUUUCUGUGCUACUCACCAGGCGUCGCCUCUGUAAAGCGCUCCUUCAUGUUUCUGGCGCUGAAUGUUGUUGGUUGUUUGUAAGGUAAAAGAUGUAACAGGUGGCUUGGCGAGAACAGCUGUGAUUGGCUGAUAGAGGAGUCGUGCGCGCAUGCCAGUGCCUUAAACGAACUCGCAGAUCUCUAAAUACUCAGCCAGUGAUAACUCCGAGAGUAGACACAUCAGGUCCUGCUCCAGGGAAGAUCGCAGCUUUCUUAACACAAGGAGAAAGAAGAACGUAGUCGACAACCGAGUACCUAUUAGGUGUUUUUGUAUUUCGUAGCGCCCUGACUAUAAACUGUGGCCAUAGGCUUUCACGAACAUCCCAUAUUAUGAUAUAGCAUUCAACAGAAUACUAAUUUUCUCAAGCCUGGAGGGAGAAUCCAAGUGUCCAAAGUACAGACUGAAAAUGGAAUCAAUACAACCGAGGUUUUUUUUUUCAGCUGAGAUAAUGGGAGAUAUGUAACUAAUGACCCACAGAAGACGCAGAUUUUAAGAACAGGUGAUGAAAUUAUAAACUCGGCUAUAAUUCUAGAUGCUGUUGUUCGAGAUGAUGAUAUCAAGUGCGUACACCACUCGACCUUAUCAUUAAGUUCUUUCUAUUGUCGACUAAUUAUUAUACAACAUAUAUAUAUAUUAUUUAGAAGCAGUAAUUCGAACCUUUAUGUAUCACUGUGUUUUGUGAAGGGUCUGAAGAAACAUAUAUUAACAUAUCAAACUACAAUUGGAUUAUUAAACCAAAGUUCUUGUUUUGUCAGCACCAAACAUUUCCCAGUACCUCCAGUUUUUUAGACAGUCUCCCGUUUGAGCUUUCUUGCGGUUUGAUAAGAUGUGUGAGAGAAAAAUUGCAUUUUAAAUAACUGAAUCACGUUAUAAUGUUUGUACUGUUUGCAUAGUGGACAGUUUAGCGGUCUUAAACUAUUUCUACAGUAGGUGUUUAAAAAAAACAAAACGGGUUGAAAUACCUUUUUUUUUUGAGAAAAAUAUUAACUGACUGAAAUUGGUGUUGUCUGUUGAUCAAAUCUUCGAAAUUAUUUCAAAUAAAACAUUUAUUUAAUCUUUCCAAACUUCUCAAAGAACUUAAACGUUUGGGGGCGAGAAAGUGAACAGGAACCAAACCAUAAUAAUGGCAUUCCAAAUAAAUAGUUCUGAUUUAGCAUCGUUACUGAUAUACCUCAACAGCACUGUCUAUUCAAACGGUACUGUUCCUUGGCCCAGUCAACAAGAUGACAGAGUUAAGCCAUACUAUGGUGACUACCUUGAAUCCUUCAAGGCGCAAUACACCCCAAUUCAUGGAUACCUAAGUCUCAUCAUUUGCAUUUUUGGAAUUAUGACUAACAUUCUAAACAUCAUAGUUUUAACUAGGAAUAAUAUGGUUUCUCCAACGAAUGCUAUCCUAACGGGUUUGGCUGUAGCUGACAUGUUUGUUAUGGCGUCUUACGUCCCUUUCACCAUUCACACUUACAUUCACUCCGAUCAACUGGAGGAAGAAAAGUAUUCGUACGCCUGGGCUGUUUUCACACUUUUCCACGCGCAUUUUACCGUUGUUUGUCAUACCAUUUCUAUCUGGCUGACAGUGACAUUGGCUAUCUGGCGAUUUUUGGCAGUCAGCUUCCCAGCUAAUAGCAAGAAAUGGUGCACCAUGCCCAGGGCUGAGUGUGCUAUUAUUUCCACGUACGCAACAUGUGCAUUGUUUUGUAUACCAAUGUAUUUGACGUUUACAAUAUCGGAAGAAAACAAAAACACCUUACAGUAUAAAGUGAAUUUUAGUGCCAUUGCAACCCGAAACAACCGUCUUCUGGAGAAAACCAACUUCUGGGUAUUCAGCGUAUUGACGAAGCUGGUUCCGUGCGUUCUGCUUACUGGACUCAGCGUUGGACUCAUACGCGUCCUCUACGAGGCGGAUUUGCGCAAGAAAAGACUGAAAAAUCGAGCCACCAGCGACAAAACUUCGGAUCGCACUACGAAAAUGCUUUUGGCUGUACUGCUUCUCUUUCUCAUUACCGAGUUUCCCUCUGGCAUUCUUGCCUUGUUGAGUGGUAUUCUGGGCAAGGAUUUUUUCUUCAACGUCUACCUUAACUUUGGAGAGGUAAUGGACAUGCUGGCUUUAAUCAACAGUGGCGUGAACUUCAUUCUGUAUUGCUCUAUGAGUAGGCUGUUUCGGAAAACGUUUGCUGAACUUUUCACUCCUAAAAUCGUGUCAAAAUGGAUCUCGGUAGCCACUGAACCCGCCACUGUGGCAACAACUUGCGUGUAAGUGAUACAGGAAAUGUAUAAACAUCUUGAAACAGAGACAACAGAGUACAUCGGUGAUGUGAAUGACAUUUUUAGCUUUAUCCGUUAAUAUACCGUUUAUUGAUGUAUUUAUGAUAGUAAUUUUCAUAGACUGCUGCACACACCGAAUCAUGAAUAACUGUUUCAAUUUCAUCGAUAAAUUCAAGCAUGGUUAUCAAACAAGUACAGUAUGUGUAAAACAUCUUGGAGGUGUGCACGUGAAGCUAACUGCUCACACAAGACAUUGCUAAGCAGAUGCUAAUAGACUGUGUGGAUUUUCUCCAGGAGUCAGUCUCCGUGUGAAGCGGCUGUAAUUGAUGUUCUUGCGUUAGAAAGUAGUAUGUUUAACUAUGUAUGAUUCCAAAAGGCUUUAAUCUAGCAUCUAAAAAGGUCUCCCUAAAAAAAUAAAAGAUACAUAUUUAUGUGUUUAGAAGUUGAUAGUACCAUUACGUUAAUGAAGUAGCACAAUAUUACUUGUUCUAGUAUUGAUUGUAGUAAGCUGUUGUUGCAGUACCUAAGAGGGUUUAUUACGCACUGGAUUCUACUUCGUGGUGUAAUUGAAGUUUUACGCUUUUUUUCCUUGCCGUGUUUAUAGAAGGACUAUACCAUUGGAGUAAGGGAUUCCAGUGCUUGGGGCUCAUAAACCCUCGUGGCACUGUUCCACAACAGAUUCGUUGUAAUCACUCAGUCUUACUGUAUGAAUCUCGUUCACAGAUUGAUUAUUGCUUUGUAUAUGUUAUUUUGUUAUUACAAAGAUGUAUGCCAGAUAUGCUUGCUAUAGAUGUAGUGUUGUACUAUAUAAAACAUGUUUGCACUUUCAAGAGCGUGAAGAUGAGGAAGUGUAAGUUUUUGAUUUCAAUCUCCCAGUAUUGUAACUACAUCAGAUAUUAAAAUGU